AUGAUCAACGCAGUGGCACCGACCGUCAGCGCAUUGCCCAAAGGUCUCGUUGCCGAGAAGCGCUCUGGGCGCCAGGUCCUCGUCGCCCUCGUCGGUCUCUGCUGGAUCUGGCUCGGCCUCGCAGGAAGCGUUUGGUACAUGUGGCUCUUGACGCCGAGUUUUCGCAACGACCUUUGGUGGCCAUACUUUAACGCGACCGGCUACCAAGUGCUGCUGAUUGACGUCAUCAAUGACUUGCUCUCGACAACAACCGACCUUCCCGCCCUCGUCGACGUGGCGUCCGUGGCCAUCCACCGCGACUACACCGGCGCGGUGCUCACGCCGUUGGCGCACCCGGCGUACGCCAUGCGGCUGUCGACGCACGACCUGGCGUCCAUUGCAUAUGUGAUACCCAAUCUGCGCAACGCGACGGCCACCGAAGCGCUUUGGCUGCCCACGCAAUACUGCUACGUGGACUUUGGCCGGCGCUGGGAGCUCGCCCACACAGAGGCGCGCCAGCGCCGAUGCGCUGCGACCAUGAUCACGAAUGGCGCUGUCUAUUUCGAAGCCGUUUUGCGCAACCAAGACUGGAACGCGAUUGCGCUGGCCGCCGGCACUGGGUUUGCACCCGCGAUCGAGCGGGGGCUUCAAGCAUCUGCCGACGGGCGGACCUGGAUGGCAGCGACAGCAGCGGCCAACACGUCGGUGGUUGAAGAGAUUGCAUUUUGGUCGAGCUAUGGUAUCGUAAACUAUGAGCUGCAGUGGCAGACGUACUACCUCCCGGGCCUUGACCAACUGCUUGUGAUUGAGAACGCGCUGAGUAUCGAGCAGUCGGUGACACUCAAGUCGUCGACCAAGCGCAGAGGCCCGUGGACGACCAUGAACCUCAACUUUUUCUUCAUCAACGACAUCUACACGGUCGGCACCUCGUGCAACAUGAGUCUCAUUCGCAACACGACCAUGUACUUUACGAGCGACUACUGCUUCUCGUACAUGACGACGGACCUCGAAGGCGCGCUCUUCUUAUCCGACGACUAUGGUAACUUUGUCGCCCAAACCGGCCUCAGCCAUACGUUCCUUGGCCCGUUCCUCGCGGUCGACAUGUGGGUGCUGCCGCCGCCUCCUGUACUCAUUGCGCUCGUCGCCGCCGUCACGUCAGCGCUCCACAACGCGCUCCAAACCAACGCACAGUUUGCGGUUGGGUUUCAGAACCUCCGCGCCAUGAGCUUGCAGCCGCUGCCACUGCCGUGGCUAAGCGAUGCUUUGGGCAACGACUACCUCUACUAUGGUGGCAACCCCUUGUGCCUUGGCGGCUUGGCGCGAGACUAUAUACAAGCGCCGUUCACGGCCGACGCGACGUGCGAGCUCCAGCAACCGCUCACGAUCAACAUUGCCCCCGAAGCGCUGCUCUUCGGUCUCCUCGCCUCUCAGGACGGUAUCCAUAGCACGGCCAGUAGCAACACCACCGACGGCAGCAACAGCAACAACACUUCGAGCAUUAGCAGUACCGUCUGUGACCUUCAAGGCGUCACAAGUUGCGCCAGCGACAUGGACAUUGCGAUAGCACUUUUGGAGCGGUACCCGGUCUCUGGCUCCUGGUCGCAGCUCGUCACCAACACAUCGGCUGCUGUCGCCGCGCUCAACGUGAGCCUCAUGCAGUACGCUUCUGACGUUGACGGUGUCGAGUAUGCACUCUUGUGGCUGCCAAUUCUCGAGCCGUCGUGGCGCUUUUACGGUCACGCGAUGCUCUUUGACUGGGUCAGUGGCGUUCGCGAGGUCGUUGCGUUUGAAGGCGAUGCGGCCACCUUGGUACUCAUGUCCGACAUGUACGACGCGGGCUCGACCGAGCCGAGUACGGCCACGCUGAGCCGAGCGACCAAGGCGAUCUACAUCUUGCUUGUCUACUCGUCGGUGCUCCUUGGUCUUCUCGUUCUCGCCACGACCAUGUAUGCGUGCAUGGCCAAACUGCGCUUCCUCGGACUCAACUUGACGUACUUUCACCGAGUCGCGGGCUCGACGUGGCUCGGGCGUCCGCUUUUGUUUCUUCGCGGCGCCUCGGCGCUCAUCCUUCUGGGUACGGCCCCGAUCGGUGUCUCGUCUGUGCAUGGCGCGGCUGCUUUGCACCUGCCGUCGCGCUCACCCUUUGAGAGCAUGCUCCUGGCGUGGGAAGCCCUUUGGAUCACCUAUGUGCUGCAAGAGCUCCUCCUUCCGUUCAACGCUAAGGGCAUUCAUAGCGCCGGCUAUGUGAGCUCGGGUGUCAUCUGGGUUGCGUACGUGGCCUUGGACAGUGUGUCGCCACUCUAUGUAGAGACAGCCCUCAAACACGACUGUGUUGGUCUCGCCUACAGUCUCUCGUGCAAUAGCGUCCAUAUCAAGCUCGGCAGCGUUGCCCGCGUGCUCUGGCUCUUUUUUCUCCAAGGCCUUGUCGUGCCAAUCGCGGUGGUGGCGGCUGCCUAUGGGCACCGGCGCAAGCUUCUGCGACGGUCGUCGCGCGGCGUGCACGGCCUCAUGCUCUCUGGUGCCGGCUUUGCGUUUCUCGCAACCCCCGACGAGAAUGACGCGCCGUUCGACGCGAUCGCCGGUCUCUUCUCGGGGCUGCUCCGGCUCACGUACAAGCGUCGGCAGUAUACCUUUGAUAUCAAGCUCUGGACGAUUGUUCGCGGCCAGAAACAGCGCGUGCGCAGUCCCUCCAAGCUCGACGGCCCGAGUACGUCGACGAUCCCGGAUUUGUCACCGAUUCUACCCCGGCCACGGUGGCUCGGGUGGGUCUAUAGCCUCGGUGGCAUGACGUACAUUGGUAUAGCGAUCGCGGGGAGUCUGAGCUACCUCCGGCUCACCGAGUCGACGCUGACCAACGACCUGAUCUGGGUCGGGUUUGACCUGCGGGGGGACCACCCGUUCUUGGCGACUUGGCUUUUAGAGGCCCUGGCACUCGGUGCGGAGAAUACCACCCGACCACUCAGUGAGCUCAACGUCGCGGCGGCGUUCAACACAUCAUUAGCGUCGACGAUCUCGUUUGCGGACCACGACGGUGCCAUGCUGCACUACGCGGCGCUGACAGACGUGGCCGUCGCGAUUCCGGCGCUGCGGUCGCUGCCAGCGAUCGAGAUACCGUGGGUCUUUACCGGCUACUGCUACGUCGACUUUAACCGGACGUUUGGGGUCGCGCACACGGCGGCGCGGCAGGCACGCUGUGCAACGUACGCCGCAAAUGGUGCCGUGUACAUGGAGUCGUUUUUGCGCAACGUUAUUUGGUCCGACUGGGUCAACUACUGGGGCGAAGCCUUCGAGAUCAGCAUCACGACCUCACUCGUGUCGUCGGCCGCCGGCCUCGUCUUCUUGACCCGUCUAGGCGAGCCGUGGGCUGCGAUUGACGACGAAAUUGACUACUGGCGACGCCAUAGCAUCACAUAUUACGAACUUCAGUGGCAAAACUUCAAGACGAUCGGUCUCAUCAACGCCUAUACGAUCGCGAAUGCCUACGGCGCCGCGUACCCUUUCACACUACAAGCUACCGCGGGCGCGACUCGCUUCAUCCAGCAGACCUCGUACAAAAUGUACUGGGGGCUUGCCAACGAUCUCAACGGCGUUCUUGACAACGGCACCGACCUCGGGGGCAAGAGCCUUGUUCUCGACACCCCACUAUCACUCAAUGCGUCGUUGACAAGCGUGUAUCUGCAGACCGGACUCCUGGCCAGCCCGCUCUCAGCCGGUCUCUCGGCCAUCCAGUCCUUUCUUGGCCCGUUCGGAUCGAUCGACAUGCAGUAUGUUCCUGUGCCCGUCGACCUCCGGCGCGCGGCGGGGGCCGCCAUGGCCAUCGUGCACAGCCUCCGACUAACGUAUGGCGCGGCGUACGCAGCUCUGCCCCACCCUCUCUACCUCAAUCCGGUGCCCUUUGCCUGGCUAAAGCCGACGUUUUAUGUACUCGGCGGUUCGGUCCUCUGUGUGCCAGACACGUCGCCGCUCAACAUCACUGGUGGGCUCCAGCCGCUCUUCUCGUUUGAGAGCUCGUGCAGUGCCAACACGGGUCGUACGAUAGCGUCGAUUCCGAGCCAAGACCACCUUCUCUUUGCUGCUGCGUAUGCGACGAUCACCAACAUUUCGCACGUCUGUCUUCAGAUGCGCACGCAAGCAUAUGCAUGCGAGCCAAUGCUCCGCAACACGCUGGCGUUUCUCUCACAUGCCAACCUCUCGGUGCUGCAGACAGCGUGGGCGCCGCGGCUAACGCAGGCGCUGAGCCCGCUGCAGAUCGAGCUGCUUCAAGUGGGCCGACCGAAAGCAUCGGCGCCGAUGCGCAUCUACCAUAUGCCGCUCCUCGAGUCCCUCGACUUUGCGUUUUUUGCCAACGUGCUCCUCUACGACUGGGUGCUCGGGAACCGCGAAGUCGUUCGGUUCGUUGGCGACACCAGCGCGAUCACGCUCAUCGGCGAUGGACUGCGGCCGCGCGUGCAAGCCACCGACGCCUCCCAGCUCCCAACGGUGUUUGCACUCUACUCGCACCGGUCGGUGCAAUAUGUCACGUACGUCAUGAUUGCACUUGCGGCGACGACGGCGCUGUACGCGGUCGUGAGCCGGGGGCACGUCGAGGGGCUCAACUUGCUCGAGCUCUCGCGCGUCGGCGGUAUUGUGUGGGUCGGUCGGCCGUUUAUUGCGCUUCGAAGCAUCACGGCACUCUGCCUCCUCUCGACGUCGCGCCUCGAGCUCGACUACGACGGACACAACAGCGCGUUCUUGAGCCAGAAUGCGCCGUGGUACUCGGCGGGGAUCGCGGCCAACGAAGUCACGUGGCUUGUCGGUAUUGUCAACGACAUUUCGAUCGUCUUUACCCAAGAGCUCACGAUGCUCUACACGAUCUACAACUCACUGCUCGUCUUGCUGCUGUCUGCGUGCAUCACGAUUCUACUUCCGAUUGAACCCACCGUUGCGGUCGCCCGCGACUGUCAAAUCGAGUCGCUCGACUGGCAAGUGGUCUGUACCAGUGGCCAAGUGGCCGUCGGCGACUGGCGACGCCUCCUCUUGCUCAUCGGGACCGUCUUUGUCUGCAACGGCGCGUGUUAUUGGCUCGUCAAACUCGGCUGCCGGCGACCGGCCACAGUCUACGCGCGACCGUCGCUGCUACUCAGUGGCGGUGCCCGGUACCUCUUUGAGCACGGUCCAUGGAUGCACGAAGGCGUCUAUUACAUGGACCGCGCUUCGGCUGUCCUCAACGGUCUCCUCAGUGUGCGCUAUCAGGGCGUGCUGUAUCUAUUCGACAUCAAGACGUGGCGAUUGCACCGAAUGACGCCGCCGACGCAUACGACUGCCGUACCCCCCCGGCUCGCACGGGGCAUUCCUCUCCCCGACGCCUGAACCGGGUGUUUCGUUUCUUGAUCCACCUCUUGUAGACCACUUGCAAGAUUAGUCUAGCGUUCGCGUCUGUAGACCAUAACGGCAAUGUGACACGAGCUGCUCAUUGCCAAUGUGCGCAGCGAGGUUCGAAGCGC